AUGCUAUCAAUCGCGCGUUCUAGGAUAACCUUGGUGGUGCAAUUUGCCUUUCUCGCCGUCAAUGCCCUGGGCGUCUUCUUGAGCGCCCUGUACAACAAUCGAACCCAAGACUUGUACCCAAACAAUUCUCAUCACAAAAUUGGUUGGAUUAUUACGGCUUUUGUUUCUGCGCAAGUCUUGAUACGUUUGAUGUGGCGACAAGCGGGUGGUAUGGCGAGACGAACAGGUCGCAGCUCUGAGGGUGGACGCGGUCCCGUCUUCCACAUGAAUGACUGCUGGCAACGCGUACCAAUGCAGUACCAGGAUGGAGGAAGUCGGCCAUCAAACGAUAGUGGCCAAGGGACGGAACCUGGAACAGAGUCCCUUCGGAGUGACUCGCUUUCUACGUUGGACAUGGAAGACAUGCCACUAAAUGACCAACGAAAGAACUUUGACGGCACCGAGGCCGAACCAGACUUCCGUGAAUCCGCAGAGUUGACAUUCUUGUCGCCAGACCCGAUGCUGACAAAAACCAAGGGUGUCAUCUCGUCCCGGAUGUGGGUAUAUUCUGACUUCGUGUACAAAGUUAUAGAUCGGAUAAUUCUACCAUUUGGGUUUAUCGCGCUGACUACAGGUAUCGUAACCUUUGGGCGCUUUUUUGAAGGAAAGGCGAUAUUCAGCGGCUUAGCACACUGGAUCAAAGGGGGAGUGUUCUUUUGGCUUGGGCUACUUUCUUUGGGCCGCUGGACGGGCAGUUUCGCUGAUAUGGGUUGGGCGUGGAAUAUCAGACCCUUUAAUCUUAACGAGAAGCCUUGGUUUGCAUCGGCUGAAUUCAUUGAGAGUGCCUUGAUUUUUUUUUACGGAUCUACAAACAUUUUCUUGGAGCAUCUGGGAAGCUGGGGCGGCGGAUGGAGUUCCCAAGAUCUGGAGCAUUUGGCAAUUACCGUGCUCUUCCUAGGAGGAGGAAUUUGCGGGAUGCUUAUCGAGUCGUCCACCAUCAGGAGUCUCCUCAAUACGACUGCGUCAGGCACAGCCCCGGAAGGCAAGUCAGACGAAGAAGUAAUGAAGAGAUGGGAAUCCCCUGAUACAUACCAAUUCUCUCUCAACCCCAUACCGGCACUUGUCAUUCUGCUACUUGGUAUCAUGAUGAGCUCUCAUCACCAAGAAACAGAGAUAUCGACAAUGGUACAUAAACAGUGGGGUGACUUGUUAUUAGGGGCAUCGUUUGCUAGGGUAUUAACCUACUUUCUUUUGUUUCUCCGACCGCCCAAGUCUGUCCUGCCAUCUCGCCCACCCACGGAGCUAUUGACAUCCUUUGGCCUCAUUGCUGGUGGCAUUAUCUUCAUGGCCAGUAGCUCGGACACUAUCGAAGGCAUGAUUCACUAUCACUUGGAUGCCAUGUUCAUGUAUACAAUCACAAUGGGAUUGGUGGGAUUGUUAAUGGCAUGGGAGAUUUUCGUACUAGCCCUUAAAGGUUGGGCAACACGUAGAGAGCAGCGUACGGGUCUGCAGAGUUUGCAGCAAGGGACAUCUUGUGCGUGA